CAAUUCCAUCCGUGUUACAAGCAGUAAAUCAGUGGGGACUCCGACAGCUCCUGUUCUGCCCUCUCCCUCUGGUAGUGGGUGCAGCCAGCGGGAUUUACGCCCAUGAUUCAGACUCACACAGCAGGAAGAGUUACAUCACCAGAGGGCAAACACUCUCUGCCGUUAGGUAGGGAGAAAAAACACAAAACCCCACCUGCUCGUCUUAACCCUCUUCUACACUCACCUCACCUGGGUUACUUACAGAGGACACUUUCUCAACCAACAAACCUGACAGGGUCUCUACUGAUAAGGAUCAUAAGACUCAGUUGAACAAGCCUCAUCAUGUCAGGAGAAACAGUGUCACAGUCUACAGGUAUCAGCCCUAGCCUGGCUUCCUGAUAGAGACAGACGUGUGGGUGUGGGAUACAGAUGCCCUGUGUACACAGCAGUACAGGUAAGAGCUAACAGAUCUAUCAUACAUGUUGUUACAAACUCUAUCGAUCAACCAAAUCAAAAGUAUUCGUUUUAAGAGACUUAACCAACACCUGCUCUUGAGAACAUACUUUAUUUCCAUUUGGACAGGUGGCCAACUCAUUUUGAAAGUCGCCAUCAAACGUGUUUGGCUAAAGGCAGUUUGACGAGGAAGAUUAUUUAGUAACUGUAAAUGGCAAAGCAGUUUUUACUUCUUUAAUUUGGACUUGGAAGAUAAGUGUUUCCUUAGCGUGAUAAUGACCGCUACAAUUCUAACACGCCCUCGUCCAACUGACAUGUUUGGAAAGGAAUGCUGUUGUGUCCACACUCUCCCCAUCUCCCGCUGCUACUAAAGUGCCAGUAAAACCUUUAUGGGCCAACAAAACAUGUUUGCCGUAGUGCCUUACAAAUUUACAGAGUGAGUGUUUCAAGUCACGAACAUAGAUAUUAUAUGGGCAAAGCUGUUAGGAGCCCGUAAAAUCACAGUGACCACUGAGAUUGUCCAUUUGACAAGCCAGAGAUGAACUGCAUUCUGUGUUACUCAAUAAAAUGACUAAGUUACUGGAACCAUACUCAACUAGAUUAGAAUAAGGAGCAUUUUAUUUUGCGCUUUGGGCCUAGAGCUUACAUGAACUAUAAUGGACUUAAUCUUUUCAUAGCCACACUUUCCUCAGUGUGUUCAGUUGUCUUAGGUAAAAUGUUUUAUGCCCUUGCUUUCUAAAUGGGUGGUAGCUGUUCAAGGCUCAACAUUUACAGCUAACUGAGAUUGAAACUGUACAGAUUAACUUCUAAAAUGACCAAAAUCGACACCAGUUUGACACCAGUUACAGUAUGUGAAAGUCAUAUUCCAGUUAAAUUCUACAUACAUUACCAUCAUAACAAAUCAUGUCAGGUAUUGCCACACCUCUCUCAAAUAAGAGUUGUGGAAUGUGAUCUCUUCUGGAUCCAGGAUGUUAAACAGGAAAGGCUGACUAACUGUCUGUGACCAGUAAACCAGCUCAACAGAUCCAAAGUUAAAGACAAAUAAAACAAGAUGAAUUUGCAUACUGUGUCUGAAAGAAUCUGGGUUUUGUCUCAACAUGUAGCAAAUUCCACCCCAUUCAUAAAAUAACUCUUGAUUAAAAGUAAGAGUGAAGCCUGUAGUUGUAGUUGCCUGAUGGCUAUUCCAUGCGAGAAAUUGCCAAGAAACUGAAGAUGUCGUACAACGCUGUUUACUACUCCCUUUACAGAACAGCGCAAACUGGCACUAACCAGAAUAGAAGAGGAGUGGGAGGCCCUGGUGCACAACUGAGCAAGAGGACAAGUACAUUAGAGUGUUUAGAGUGUCGCCUCACAAGUCCUCAACUGGCAGCUUCAUUAAAAUAGUAUCCGCAAAACACCAGUCUCAAUGUCAACAGUGAAGAAUGCGACUCCAGGAUGCUGGCCUUCUAGGCAGAGUUCCUCUGUCCAGCCUCAACGUCAACAGUGAAGAAUGCGACUCCAGGAUGCUGGCCUUCUAGGCAGAGUUCCUCUGUCCAGUCUCAACGUCAACAGUGAAGAGGCGACUCCAGGAUGCUGGCCUUCUAGGCAGAGUUCCUCUGUCCAGUGUCUGUGUUUCUUUGCCCAUCUUAAUCUUUUCUUUUUAUUGGCCAGUCUGAGAUAUGGCUUUUUCUUUGCAACUCUGCCUAGAAGGCCAGCAUCCCGGAGUCGCCUCUUCACACAAAACACGUUAAAAGGUUAAUCAUUCAUAAAGGUGGUGUUAGCUGAAUUAUAUUAUCUCAUAGAACAAAAGGUAUCAGAUCUCCUAAGCCUGUGCUAACCUCAGACCUUAUUUUGGACGUUUAUCCAAAAACUCUAUGAAAAAACCCCAUUAAUUUCCACAUAGGCUUUGACCAAAGAGCCAUGGCUAACUCAUUUCCGUUUUUUAGAACUACAAGCUGGCGAGUUCUAUACAGGAUGUUGGGUCUGCUCUAAAAUGUGCAUAUUUGGUGCACAGAUACUGAAAGUCAGAAUCAGGCUAAGACAUCCAUUUAGUGCAUUCAGCAGACCACACCUGCAUUUAUGGGAAUAAACUGGAUUUGAAAAGUAAAACAUUUAAAAUCAAACACUUCAAAGCACAUGUUGGACUAUUUCCCAGGAGCCAAAUGUUGAAGAAUUGUAUUAAUACAAAACCAAGCAGAGCAGGUGCGUUCUCUAAAUAAUAGCUGCUGCCUUUUCACAUCAAACUUGACAUAAUCCAAAGGUUACAUCUGUUGUUGGAAAGCAGAGGGAAACAAAUAGUGCACAUCCUGUAUGCUGCAGAAUGAUGAAAGUAAACCUGGACAUUUAUAUCAGAGAUGUAUGAUAUGUUCUUGAUGGGAAACCACUUGAUCUGACAUGAACCUAACCUCAAAGUGAAAUAAUUUAAAUCAAUUAUUUUGUUUCUUAUCUUUUCCAAAACAGAGCUUUUUUUCUAAGAUGGUAGACUACAUUUAGGCUUAAUCUCAGAAGUGAACCAAAGGACAUCAACAGGACCAGGUAAGAUGCCACUGAAGAUGUCUCUGUGCCGUAAGCCAGCCUCGGCCCGCUGGUCUAGGACCCAGAAGCGCAGGGAGGUGCUCUCUGUCAACAUGAUCAGCCUCCCAUUGGCCGACUUCUGCCACGUUGCCCACAUCGGGAACAAUGCCAGCAGGGACAGCUUCGGGGACCUGUCCUUUCUGAAGGGGGGCCACAGCCUGAUACUGCACAGCUCUCAGAGCGAACAUAACCUCUUCCUGGCCUGCUACCCUCCACCCAAACCCCCACGACUUAACCUGGGUGAGGCUGAGGCCCUAAAGAUCCCAGAGUGGACCAGGGCCCACUUGAGCCACAGCGCCUCAGAGAGGAGGAAGGAGUACCGAUCCUUGCCCAUGCUGGACAGUGAGGAGGGCGAGGGGGUGAUCGAGGCCAGUGUUAGCCCCAGCCACGGGGUCAUGGUCAGUAGCCACAGUCCUGGCCGGGGCAGUCUGAGCUCUGGCAGGGAUGGAGAUUCAACUCAGACCUGCCAUGAGAACACACUGCAGCUGGAUGAGGUGGACAACAGCUUCUCCUUCAGCCUGGACCUGGGCCCCUCCAUCCUGGACGAUGUGCUGCAGGUCAUGGACAGGCUCCACUAUUAGAGGAACAGCCAGACAAACAUGGGUCCUCAGCAAGAGACUUCACUGACAUAAUUAUAUGUGACUGGCAUUAGAACACUCUAAACUGUCCUAGGAUAUGAACAGCUGACAUUUAAAAAAACUCUUGACUUAAAGAAACAAUGUCAGAACAUUUGAAACACCAUGGGGAUAUAAUCUCAAUCUUUGGAUUAGCUGACUGUGGCUGAAUUAUAUAAAAUGCAAUGGACUCAAAGAGUAAUGGAUGAGAUGUGGACAGAACUGUAACUACAAAGAGAUCCUCCUCCAUUUCAUGUGAGGUAAUCUAACCCAGUGGUUCCCAACCUGAGGUACGUAGUGCUUUCGGAAAGUAUUCAGACCCCUUGACUUUUUCCACAUUUUGUUACGUUACAGCCUUAUUCUAACAUGGAUUAAAUCAUUCCCCCCUUCAAUCUACACACAAUACCCUAUAAUGAGAAAGCAAAAACAGGUUUUUAGAAAAUUCUGCAAAUGUAAAAAUAAACCAAUAUCAAAUUUACAUAAGUAUUCAGACCCUUUACUUAGUACUUUGUUGAAGCGCCUUUGGCAGUGAUUACAGCUGAGUCUUCUUGGGUAUGACGCUACAAGCUUGGCACACCUAUAUUUGGGGAGUGUCUCCCAUUCUUCUCUGCAGAUCCUCUCAAGCUCUGUCAGGAUGAAUGGGAAGCGUCGUUGCACAGCUAUUUCUGGUCUCUCCAGAGAUGUUCGAUCAGAGACUUGUCCAUAAGCCACUCCUGCGUUGUCUUGACUGUGUGCUUAGGGUCAUUGUCCUGUUGGAAGGUGAACCUUAGCCCCAAUCAGAGGUCCUGAGCACUCUGGAGCAGGUUUUCAUCAAGGAUCGCGCUGUUCAUAUUUCCCUUGAUCCUGAGUAGUCUCCCAGUCCCUGCCGCUGAAAAACAUCCCCACAGCAUGAUGCUGCCAUGACCACGCUUCACUGUAGGGAUGGUGCCAGGUUUCCUCCAGAUGUGACGCUUGGCAUUCAGGCCAAAGAGUUCAAUCUUGGUUUCAUCAGACCAGAGAAUCUUGUUUCUCAUGGUCUGAGAGUCUUUAGGUCCCUUUUGGCAAAUUCCAAGCGUGGUGUCAUGUGCCUUUUACUGUGGCCAGCUCUGUCUUGGUGGUUCCAAACAUCUUCCAUUUAAGAAUGAUGGAGGCCACUGUGUUCUUGGGGACCUUCAAAGCUGCAGAAUUUUUGUUGUAGCCUUCCCCAGAUCUGUACCUCGACACAAUCCUGUCUCGGAGCUCUACGGAUAAUUCCUUCAACCUCAUGGCUUGGUUUUUGAUCUGACAUGCACUGUCAACUGUGGGACCUUAUAUAGACAGGUGUGUGCCUCUCCAAACCACGUCGAAUCAAUUGAAUUAUAGCACAGGUGGACUCCAAUCAAGUUGUAGAAUCAUCAUGGAUGAUCAAUGGAAACAGGAUGCACCGGAGCUCAAUUUCAAGUCUCAUAGCAAAGGGCCUGAAUACUUGUGAAUAAGAUGUGUUUUUCAUUUUUUUAAUAAAUUUGCCCCCCCCCAAAAAAAAAAUCUAUAAAACUGUUUUCGCUUUGUCAUUGUGGGGUAUUGGGAGUAGAUUGAUGAGAACAUUUUUUUUUAUUUGAUCCAUUUUAGAAUAAGGGAGUAACGUAACAAAAUGUGGAAAAAGUCAAGGGGUCUGAAUACUUUCAGAAUGCACGGUAUACCCUUCGGGCUAUCCACAGGGGGUACGUGGGGAAGACUCAAUGGACCAUUGGCCUACUGGUAAAAUGCACGAGGGGGUACUUUGUGGGUUUUCCGGUCAGAUCAAAAUGUGAUUUGGGGUACAGUAACCAAAAAAGGUUAGGAAACACUGAUCUAAACCAUGGACAAUAAGAGCCAGUACAUGGACUUCUGUUUCAACUUAUCCCUUCUCUCAUUUACAGUAGAUUAUCAUUUCAGAAUGUCAUGUUUGAGUUAUACGCUAAUUUGUUGAAUUUUUUUUGAUCAUAUCCAUCUGUUGUUUCUAUUAUACAGCAAUAGAAUCAGUAUGAGUGUAUAUUAUCUAAUGUGAUGUUAAAGAGUUAACGUUGGAAUUCUUCCCUCUGAAGGGUUAAACUGCAUACGCUUUAAAGGGCAAAGUUCAUGUUCUUUUAGCAUUACCCAUUGCAGCAUUAGAUAAAAUGUUACAUAGUCUAGUUAAUAAUUUAGCACCUUUUUUAUCUCAAGCUGUUCAAAGUAAAGUGGGCAUUUUCAGUUGGCUGCUUUUUCACCUUAGUUUAAACCCAGUUCCUUCCUACAGAGCUCGAGAGGAUUGUUCAAUUUAAGAAUGUUAUGUUAAAGAAAAGAAAAAAGAAUGAGGGCUUAGUUUUCCAAGGUCCUGAAGCUGUGACGACUUGGCUUCCUUGCCAUUCCGUUGUGUGGGGAGGGCAAUCUCUCUUCCGCACGCAUCUCAGAGGCCCCACUUGAAGGUGCACGAAGGCAGCCCCGUCUCUCUUUCCAACAACACAAUGAAAACAAACACUUAGCUCUGCUUCCAAUAAAGCCAGUGGUUGGAGGGCUGCAACUCAGGCCACAGGUCUGUGCCCCAAAACCCCAGCGCCGUUUUCUUAAAUGUUAAUCGGAGUCCCUCGCUCUGGUGAGUGGCGUGAGAGGGGAAGGUGGCGAGGGGUAAUGUGAUCCUUCCACGUGCUGCUGGAGCCAAGAAGGCUGGGGACCACAGCCAUCCAUUACCAGCAAGGCUCCUGAUGAGGGUUUAAACACUACCUGCUGAACAAACGGGGCCUGAUGCGCCGCCCACCACCCCCAGUCCUGGGCCCACUUACCCACCUGCAAGGGGAGCUGGGAGAAAGCCACAGCCAGCACCACAGCAGGGGGCGGUCAGGAAAGGAAAGCAGUGGGGCAAAGCUGAAAGCCGUUACAUUCCAGGGAUCCUUGAGGCGUUACAGAGAACUUCACUAGCCAUGAGUGUCCUGCUGCUAACAAACAGUUAAACAGCGUUAGCAAUAGCAUGUUAAUCUAAUGGAGUCACUGAUGUUUGUGGGUACAUCUGUACUGCAUAUGUUUUGUGCAUCUUUCAGUAAAACAAAUUAUGGCUUUCA